CGGAAAUGUUAGGAAAACAUCAAAACUGUCUUCCGGAUGAACUCAUUUGCGCGAAGUUGGCAGAGGAGAGUUACCAAAAAUCAUUCCUUGCCUACUCUCUCCCUUUUUGUACGUUUCAUUAACCCGAUUCCAACUCCAUCUGGCUUGAAACUGGGAGUGGACCGCCGUGCAUUCGCAAGUCUUGGUCUUCGGCAGCUUCAACCACUGAAGAAGGUGAAAAGCCUAACAAGGAUCGGAAUCAGAUGCUAGAGAGUCAAUGUACCUGGACACAUUCUCCUCCUCCCACUAUGUCUAGACCCCUCUCCUUUCUCCUUAAUAACCCUUCCUCCCCUUUUCCCCGGACCUUCCCUCUCCGUCAGUUGUUUAUCAAUUCCACGCGCUCCCUUACUCCAGCCGCCGCACCAAUCUUCCGCCGCCCAUCCCUCAUGGCCGCUCUAUCCACCGUCUCCGUUCCCCACCCCGACAAAGAUGCCACUGCUGCUGUCACUCCAAAUUCCUCGCAGACCCAGCACCCGUUACAGGUUGCAAAGCGUUUAGAGAAGUUCAAAACUACUAUAUUCACUCAGAUGAGCAUGCUAGCUAUUAAACAUGGAGCAAUAAACCUUGGUCAAGGAUUUCCGAACUUUGAUGGCCCCGACUUUGUUAAAGAGGCAGCUAUUCAGGCCAUAAAGGAUGGGAAGAAUCAAUAUGCUCGUGGGUUCGGGGUCCCGGAUUGCAAUGCUGCCAUUGCUGAGCGAUUCAAGAAGGACACUGGUCUUGUAGUGGACCCCGACAAAGAGAUUACUGUCACCUCAGGCUGCACAGAAGCCAUAGCAGCAACAAUGUUGGGCUUGAUAAAUCCUGGUGAUGAAGUGAUUGUCUUUGCUCCUUUCUACGACUCCUAUGAGGCUACACUAUCAAUGGCAGGUGCCCAAGUCAAAUCCAUAACUCUGCGCCCCCCAGAUUUUGCUGUUCCACUGGAUGAGUUCAAAUCUGCCAUAUCGAAGAAUACCCGUGCAGUUCUUAUCAACACUCCACAUAAUCCAACUGGCAAGAUGUUUACUAGGGAAGAACUGGACACUAUUGCAUCACUCUGCAUUGAGAAUGAUGUGCUGGUUUUUUCUGACGAGGUCUAUGAUAAGUUGGCCUUUGAAGCCGAUCACAUCUCUAUGGCAUCACUUCCUGGGAUGUACGAGAGAACAGUGACCUUGAACUCUUUAGGGAAGACCUUCUCAUUAACCGGGUGGAAGAUUGGGUGGGCCAUAGCUCCCCCUCACUUAACGUGGGGAGUGAGACAGGCACAUUCUUACCUCACUUUUGCUACAUCUACUCCAAUGCAGUCGGCAGCUGCUGUAGCACUUCGAGCCCCAGAUUCUUACUACGAG